AUGGAGACGAGACGGAGUUUACGAAUCAGAGGAGGAAACGCCUCGAAGGAAGAACCCAGGAGGGGAAGCAAAUGCAUAGCGAAGGAGGACCCCCAAACGAAGGGGGGGAGCAAAACGAAAGGGGAUGCAAAGAAAGGCACUAGUGGAGGGGCGAACAAGGACUCAAAGAAAGGGGCAAAUGUAGGACAUGUAAAGGAAGAGAAGGGGAAGAAGAUCUCCCAUAGUGACAAAAAUAAAAAGGACUUUAAAAAAAAUGCGGGAGGGAAGCAUGGGCAAGGGGAGAUGGAAGAGGUUGCCGAGCAAGACCUGUCGAAUGGAACAAACGAAUUAGAGGAACUCCCCAAAAAGGGAAGCAAAACAGGGAAGGAUGCUUCCAUUCGUGUGGAAGCCACGAAGGGGAAGAAGUCACUAGAGGAGGUAAACCAAAUCAAGACAGCAGAUGCAGAGAGUGAAUGUACCGAUGUGACAUUAGUGAAUAAUAGAAGAAGUGAGAGGAAUGUGAAGGGAGGGGGAAUGCUAUUAAGGAAGCAGAGCAGUGGCACGAACGAGAACGACGGUGGGAAUUGCGCAACGACCAGGAGCAGGAAGGGAAAGGAGGUGACAGGAGGCACCUCUGGGUGUGGCAUUAAAGGAGUGAAGGAGGAAGAUGGGGGGGACCACCACUCCCUGAGGAGGGGGAAAUCGAAAGAGGGACCCAGGCAAAACGAUUCCGUUAAGAGAGAAGACCAAGGGGGGGGUGGAGGUAAAGGUGGGAAAGGAGGCAGUACUAAGGGGAAGGCUGCAGGGGAGGUGAUCCAACCGGGUGGGGCCACCCCAAGAAAAGGAUCUCCAGGUAGGGGCUCCCCUGAUAAGGGCGCUCCAGGUAGGGGCUCUACAGGUAAGGGUUCUACAGGUAAGGGCUCUGCAGGUAAGGCCUCUCCAGGUAAGGGUUCCCGAGGUGGAAGUUCCCCAAGUAAAGACUCACCCGAUUUGAGAAGCCUCGUCGACCAGAAGAAAAGCGCCGCCAACGCGAAGAGAGCGAAAGGGACAUCCCUCCCCAUCAAAGUAAAAAUGAAAGGAGACUCGACGGUCAGUAAGGCAGUCGGCAAGACAAGCGACACGGUAGUCGAGGCGACAAAUGAGAAAAGCGCACACACCGCUUCAUCCAUCAGUGUGAAUAAUUCCCUUUCGGGUGAGAAUGCCUCCCCGCAAGGAAAGGGAAAGUGGAAGGGGAAUCGGAAGGGAGGAGCGGGAGACGAACCCAUCCCAGCUAGCCAUCUCAUAAAAAAUAUGGAUUCAGAAGAAGUCGAAAGUAACAGAGCCAGAUGUAGCAGCAACAGGAGUAGCACAGUUGGAUGGAACGAACAGUUAGGUGCAGCAGUCUCACCCAUCGGAGGAGCGAAUCAAGGAGGAGCGAAGCAAGGAGGAGCGAAGCAUGGAGGAACGGAGCAAGGAGGAACGAAGCAAGGAGGAGCGAAGCAAGGAGAAUCCCAGUCAUCAAUCAACCGAAGCAUUAAAAGAAGGCUGUCCCAAAUUAUUGACGUCAUGAAGAAGAAGCAAGUGUUUCAACGCAUUGGGGAUCAGGACGAACAGUAUAGAAUCCAAUUUGAAGAACAGGAGUCAGUCGGGAUAGGCAGCCAAGCAGGGAUAGGCAGCCAGGCAGGGGGGGGUGUCAUUAAAGGAGAAGGAAAUAGAGAAAAGGGAAAAGAAACCACAGAUGCAAAGGGAGAAAAGAGUAACAACUGGCCCUUCUUGCAGAGAGUGAACUUAGACGUAAUUUACAACAAACUGCAUUAUGAUUUUUACAAAGGAGAGGACGACUUCCAUCGAGAUAUGUUGAUCAUAUUUGACAGAAUCAAACUAGCCAUAGAAAUGGAGAAGAACCCGAAGGAAAAACAGAAUCUGUACCAACUUAGAUGCAACGCUUGGAAGACCUACGAGGGGGAGUUCUACAAGUUGCUUCUCUCCAUGAGAGGAACAAAAGAGGCCAAAAGAUUUUCCGCCACACAGAAGGAGCUACGUGAACAGGAGGAGAAGUCCUUGGCGCAGCUGCUUUUGGAGUCAAACAGGAUAGAAUUGGAGGCGGAGAAGGCAAAGAAGGGGAAGACCCUACCCAAGUCGAAGGGGAGUGGCAGUGGUGCUGAGCAGCUGUUGGAGGAGGCUCGCCCUGCCGGCGGCAGGACUGACCACGACCAAACUCAGAAGAGGCUAAGCUCGUCAUCCUUUAGCGUGGAAGCAAGUAGCCUCCUCGGGGGGAAGAAGCCCGCUGAGGGGAGCCAUACGCCCUUCAGGGUUCGGCUGCGCCUGGGGAGCUUCACCCUGGACGACGAUGUGACGGUGAGCAAGGGGGACGAGGAUAAUCGGAGCGGGGGGGCCAGCCUGAGGGUUAGCGGCACGAGUUGUGCCAGUUCGCCCGAGAAGGGGCGCGCGGUAGAAGCGGGAGUAGAAGCGGGAGUAGAAGCGGGAGUAAAAGAGGGAGUAAAACCCGGAGUAGCAGGCGGAGUAGCAGCCGGAGCAGCAGCCGGAGUAGCAUCCGCAGUAGCAGCGGUAGAACCGCUAACCGAGGAGUGGAAGAAACUAAUCAGGGACCACGUGCUGCAGAGCCUGACGAGAGACAGCAGCACGGCGUUGUACUUCACCACCCCGGUGCUGGAGGACAAAAAUUUAAGUGACCAAAUUAAGAACGAAUAUAAAAAGAAAAUAAAGAAGCCUAUGGAUUACACCACUCUGUCGAGAAACUUGGCCCUUGGGGUCUACCAUAGUCCAUCGGAGUUCAACAAGGACUUGAGGUUGAUCUUUCAAAAUUGCUUCGAUUUCAACCCUGACAUAUUACAGAAUCAGUACAUUAUAGGCGCGGCGAAACGAGGACAGGAGAGGUCAUCAAAUCUGUGGCGGAAGUGGGAAAGGAGGAUUAUUGAGGCGUACGAGCAGGGAGGCUCCGCGGGGAGGGAAGCAAGUCAGGCGGGAAAGGAAGCAAGUCAGGCUGGAAGAGGAGCGAGUCAGGCGGUGAAGGAGUCGCCUACCACGCCCACCACGCCUACCAAGUCUACCACACCUACUGGGCCUGCCGUGCCUGCCGUACCUACCUCGUCUCUUAGUCCGGAGAGCUACGUCGAAUUCUUCAAAGGAAUAACGAAGAAGAAGAAAAAGUUUAGUUGUAUAUACUCGAUGUGGGUGGAGUACCUCCUGGCGAACCGCGUCAGCUUUGAGCAGCUGUGCGACAUGAGGGGCAUAAACUGGAAGGCCCUAAACGAGAAGAGCCAAAUGAAGAUUUCGAACCCGCGAGAGGUGAACCUCCACCUGUUCAAGAAGCUGAAUAAUCGGAGCCUGCCGUUUUAUGUGUUCAGGGAGGAGUACCAGGCUGCGUUGAGGGAACGUCGCGAGGAGUUGAGGAGGAUGGAGAAGCCGGAGGGGGGGGAGAAGUUGCAGGAAUUGGAGAAGCUGGACGAGGGGAUCGGAGGAGACAGCGCCGCGAUGGACAGGGACGCCAUGGACGGGGACGCGAUGAAGAGUGCCGUGAUGAACAGGGACGCCAUGGACAGUGCCGCGAUGAACAGCGCCGUGAUGGAAAACCAGCAAGACGCAAAUUUCAAAAUACUGCUGAAGGACCACCGCACGUGCAACCACAAGCAGAAGUGGAGGUCCCGUGAAGGACGAGUUCCGAAAGAACCCACUUUGAAGCCGUUUAGAAGCAGAAAGCGUAGAAUCAAUAAUGCCAUUUUUUUUGAUGAGGAUGUAUUCGAUAAUUACUUGGAGGGGAAAAGGAGCUGCGUGGUGAAGUGCGCGCACAAUGUCUUCCUUGCCGACUGCUUCUACUACCGCAGUGUUGUGCAGAGCUUGGGGGAUUUCAUGGCGGAGGGGGGGGAAGACAUGAGAGGAGUGGGAACGAAGGAGGAAGGCAUGAGAGGAGUGAACCCGAAGGAGGAAGACUUGGGCGGAGUGAACCCGAAGGCGGUAGACAUGAGGGAAGUGAACCCGAAGAAGGAAGACUUGGGCGGAGUGGAAACGAGGGAGGAAGACUUAGGCGGCGUGAACGAGAAGAAAGAAGGCAUGAGAGGAAACCACCCGACGGAGGUCAUCAUCUCGCGCGAGGCUGCCACCCCCAAGGCGAACAGAAUAACCUUCCGUGUGCGAGCGGUGAGCGAGAAGAAGCGGGCCCAGAGAGCCCUCUGCAAAGGGUUCGAGGAGAGCCCCGAGGGGGAAGAAGAAAUGGAUGCGUCGUGGGGAUACGCCAGCUAG